AAAUAUUUAUUGUUUUUCUAGGCUUUAAGGAGGGAUAGCACAUAGAAGAAAAAAUAUGAAGCAGUAGCUGUGAAGCCUGAGCAAUGGAACCUGGCAGCCCCAACCCAACUCAGUUUAACUCAGCCUCAUCAAACCUGAUCCCAGACUCAUGGCACCUGAACUUGCUGCAGCUCUCUGAUCCCAGAAUCCUCUUCAAUUCCAGCUAGAAUGUUGUGUCUGGCACUUCGCAGAUUUGGUCAAAAGCUGGUACGCAGACAUAUGCUGAAGGAAUACGCGGCCGAUAUGGGCCCUGACAGAAGACUGACCACCCUAGAUUUAGUGGCCCUGGGUGUGAGCUGCACAGUGGGUGUAGGUAUAUAUAUACUGGCUGGUGAGGUGGCUAGAGAUAAAGCAGGACCAUCCAUUGUGAUCUGCUUGUUGGUGGCCGGCCUAUCUUCUGUGUUGUCUGGGCUGUGCUAUGCAGAGUUUGGUGUCCAGGUUUCCUAUUCUGGCUCUUCAUAUCUCUACAGCUACGUCACUCUAGGUGAACUCUGGGCUUUCAUCACUGGCUGGAACCUCAUCAUCUUCUUUGUUGCUCAUACAGCCACUGUGGCCCGGGCUUGGACCUUAGCUUUCGACAAUCUGCUUGGGAACCAGAUAUCUCAGACCCUGCAUGAGAGCAUCUCACCAAAUGUUUCCCAGGUCCUUGGAGAAAUUCUAGGAUUCAUUGUUGUGGGCCUUGUGUUGUUGCUCAUGGAAUUGUUGAUUCUGAGGAGUAGUUGGAUUUUCCUGGUUUCCAAAGUGGUCAUAUUGGUGAAACUUUUGACCCUCAGUUUUGUCAUCAUUGCUGGCUUCAUUAAGGGGGACCUGCACAACUGGAAGCUCACAGAAGAGGACUACGUAAAGGCUGGACUCAAUGACACCUCAAGCUUAGGCCCUCUGGGCUAUGGAGGAUUUGUGCCUUUUGGCUUCAAGGGGAUUCUCCGUGGAGCAGCUACCUGUUUCUACUCAUUUAUAGGUUUCACUAUUAUUGUUACCAGAGUCGAAGAAGCCCGAAAUCCCCAGUAUUCUGUCCCCAUGGGCAUUGUUAUUUCACUGUUCAUCUGCUUUUUGAUGUAUUUUGGUGUCUCUUCAGCACUUACACUUAUGGUGCCUUACUACCAGCUCCAACCUGGGAGCACCUUGCCUGAGGCAUUUCUCCAUGUUGGCUGGGCCCAUGCCUGCUAUGUUGUAACUUUUGGAUUCCUCUGUAGUCUUUCCAUCAGCAUCUUUGGCUUUAUGUUCCCCAUACGUAAUCUGAUAUACAUGAUGACACAGGAUGGGCUCCUGUUCCCUGUCCUUGCCAGGAUCCAAACUGGCACAGACACCCCCAUCGUGGCCACUGUGAUCUUGAGCAUUAUUGCAGCCAUCAUGGCCUUCUUCUUUAGACUCACUGAUCUUGUGGACCUCAUGUCAGUUGGGGCCCUGCUAGCUUACUCUUUGCUGGCUACUUGUGUUCUCAUCAUCAGGUAUCAGCCUCAGAGGAGGACUGGAGGAAAUGAAGCAGAGGUGCAGGAGGAGAAUGGACCUGCAGCAGAGAAGCUGACUCUACAGGGACUACUUUUUCCAGGCGGCUCCACCCCCACUCCACUCUCUGGCCAGGUUGUCUAUGUUUGCUCCUCACUGCUUGUUCUGCUGCUCACUCUUCUUUGCCUGGUGCUGGCCCAGUGGCCAGUUCUGCUUUCUGGAGACCCAGUGUGGAUUUCAGUGGUUGUGGUGCUCCUGGUGCUCAUCAUUGGGAUUACUGGGGUCAUCUGGAGACAGCCACAGAACUCCAGUCCCCUUCCCUUUAAGGUCCCUGCUCUGCCUCUCCUCCCACUACUGACCAUCUUUGUGAAUGUUUGCCUUAUGAUUCAGAUGACAGCUGACACCUGGGCCCUGUUUGGUGUCUGGAUGCUGAUUGGGUUUGCUAUCUACUUCAGCUAUGGGAUCCAGCACAGCCUGGUCAAUUAAUCCCACUUCAAUUAAGGUCAGAAGUGUACACCUUGAACUCAUUAGUGCCAGUACAGAUUUGGCUUGGCAUCAUCACACGUGAGUGCAGUCAGGUCCCCCUGCAUAAUAUGGAGAGUACUCUUGAGCACAUGGAAAGCUGGGUCUCCAUGAAAUGGUGGUAGGGGAAAGAGCUCUGUGUGUAUUGUGUAGUGAAGAAUGUGUCUUCUCCUCCUAUUUUUUUCUUUUUUUUUACUUGUGUACUUUUCAAUUGUGUCUGUAUUG